AUAAAACUGACUGGACACUCCUUCCUCUCCCACUCCUAAUUUAUUAAAAUAACAGUAAAAAAUAACAAUGACAGAAGAUAAGGAGCCCACUAAAAAAUCAAAAAGGGAUGAGGGGUCUACAUUCCCGCACUUAAGACCUCUGUCUGUUUACUCGCAAAUGAUCUGCGAUCAGCCUUAUAAUUACAGCAGCCCUUGUAACAUUAAAGUUCUUAUUACUAAUCGUAAGAGACUGCGGGACGAUUCAUGUCUGGAUGAGACUUUUGAGACACCAUUGAAAAAAACAUGCAUUUUUAGGCCAUGCUCCCCAGAUCAGGGCUGUAUUGUAGAAUCAUUGGACUUCUUGAGUGGAGUCCAAGGAUCGACACCGGUACAGGCCCUAAGAUUAUCGAAGGAUGUGACUGCACCUCGGUCAAAGGUCAUUCAACCUGUGACCCCUGUCGUGUCCACCCCUCUGUCCAAAUGCCUUCUGAACCGGUUAGACCCGGAAAGGGAGAGCCUGCCUUCCCCGAUUCCAGUUCUAAGCUGUGAUAGAAAAGUACCUUUGUUCUACCCAUCUUUGAACUUCAGUGUUUUUAGUUCUAUUAAUGGACCCCUGACUGGCUUUAAGGGCAGUGGGAAGGGGAACAGUUGGGAGGUCUCGCACAAACAUAUCCCAGUCCAUGAAUCGAAACGUGAACGUGCGCCCCCAGAGAGGGUCGUCUUUGAGACUGUUGCCUCAUCAAAAGAGGAAGAGGGAGUGUCAGUCAGUGCACUGGUGACGUCGGAUUUGGAGGCGACCGUUUUGGGUGAAGACGGAGCCGCAGAAACAAACUUUGAAAGUUCUCUUCCUCUUCAAUUGCAGGUCAGAUCUAAACUGGUCAUCCCAGAGACCACAAAGACCAGAGAAACCCAAUCAGUGAGGGAACAAGAGAAUGACACCGACAAGAAAACCCACAAUUCAGCACAGAGGCCUGUGGUGUUUCGUACCGAAGAGGAAUGGGAGACGCAUAAAAAGUCUUACGUGGACUCCGUUAAAAAACACAUGAUGGAGAGCAAUGGACUAGGAAACGGUGUGAUGACGGAGCUCCAACAUCUCAUGAAGUCCGUUGCCGGUCAGCGGACAGCCAGUAACGGCCAACACUGGCAGCACCCCUCUGAUCUCACCCGCAGGAAUUAUAAAUCCCGUCCCAGAGGUCCGUUGCUCUCCCUCAGUGAGUGGCAAAACCAGAACGACCUCACCCAUCGACGCUUUGCCAGAGUCCCAGAUAUUUUCCACAGGAGCCCAGUGCUCUAAUUUAUAUUUUUACUUUUAUCUGUUAGAUAUGUACUUGUUGUCAGUGUUUGAAGUCUUAUAUAAAGCUUUUCCUAUCUUUGCUUUAUUUUGGUUAUAAAAAGGUGGGAGUCUUACAUUCAUGCUGCUGGUUGUAAUAUCACUGUGUGUUGUGGGUGUUUGUACACUCUACUGGUGUAAAAAGUAUCUAUUUGUGUGUUGGUGCUUGUAAAAUGCAAAGAUGUAAAUAGAUGUGUUGUCUGCUAAUAGUUUUGUCUUGUAAUUUUGCAUGAUCUGUAUUUCUCAGUUCUUUACCCCAACCAGCACUGAAUCUUACAUGACUCCUCCCUUUGUAUUUACAGCUACAACCGUUUUAGUUUCAGUAGCUAGCUAAAUGUGUCCAAUUUUCUUAUAAAAGGUGAACAUUUGAUUGCUUUAUUGGUUUAAAGUGAUUUAAUUUAUCUUUUUUCCCCCCCUUGCACAUUCCAUUACAUGUUACUGCAGUUUGCUUUGAUGAGAGAAACGCAAGGCUGUACUUGUGUCUGUUGGACCAACACAUUUGCUAUGUUUCUCCAGCGUUUGGUUUAAACUCAUCAUAGUGCCAUUUUAGAACAAUACAUAAAAAUGAGAGCCAUGUAGAUUAACGAUUUUAAUUUUUAGGAUGUUCUGACAAACAUUGUAAAUCUCAUGUUGUGUCCUUUUGAUUGGUUUUGUUCAUUUGUUACAUUUAUUUACUAAAAGCAGUUUUUAUAACUUUAUACUUUCUAAAUUAAACAAUUUACUAAAGAUGACAGUCUCUGAUCUUUAUAUAUAUAUAUAUAUAUGUAUAUUUCCCUCAUUAGUAGCCAGCCAUCACUAAAUUAUAUACAUCUCAUCUUGAUCCAACCCAUUUGUCAUUUAUUUUGUCUCAUGUCAUGACCAAAGUGUGAACC